AUGAAGCUGAGGGCUGACUCCCGUGGGGGUGGGGAGCAGGAUAUCAGGGCCAGCUUCGGCCACUCUACCCCACGUGACACUGGUGAGAGUCCAUCUAUUCAACCCGUGGAAGGCCCGAUCCCCCUAAAUUUCCAAUACGACCCGAAAGUCACAUCAUUAGAGGGAGCGCUGCUCUUUGUUGGCCGCACCUCCUCUGCGAACGUGAAUAGUGUCAACCAAAAGCAUCUUCACGGUAACUCCGGUGUUGCAAUCCCGAAUUCACCGGAGCUGGUUGGAGGAAACCAGCCGCUUGCGUCCGCUCGUUCAUCGGUGGCUGACAAUUCUGAUCAAAGCAGCGGUAAGAAAAAGAGUGCCGUCGGUACGGGAUCUAUAGGUGGCCGUCACCACGAUCCAAACGCACCAGCAGCGAAAAUCAUAGUUAACGAGACGCAGGGGAGAACGUUGAAUAAACCAAAGAGUGCCGCUGCCGACAUCGUGAACGAGACUCCCCACGCUGAGGGCACUGGUGUGAAGAGUGCUUUUUGGGCUGUAGCGAAAAAUGUAAGUGAUAGAACUCCACUGAGCGGUCAGUCAAAGCCCCCACCUCGAAAAAAUAGCAACGACGGCAGCCCAACCCCGGACCAUGCGGGUGACGAGCCUAUAGACGUGCGGGCGUGCAACUUUAAGUUCAAAAUCAUCCGAGAAUUGGGUGGUGGAGGCUUUGGAAAGGUGUAUCAGGCAAUACUGGGUGACGGUAGGUUUGUAGCGGUUAAGAAGAUGAAGAUAACAUCCCACGAUAAGGUGAUCGACAGAGAGGUCCGCGUGCUGAGCACGCUUCCGCCGCACAAACACUGUGUCCGUUACCUUGGCUCGAAGAGGAGCAGUAAUCACUAUUACAUUUUCAUGGAAUACGUCAGUGGGGGUAGUAUCCGUUACAUUCGUAAAAGUGCUGGGGUGUUUGAGGAACCAGUGAUGCGGCGCUGUGUGAAGAUGGUUUUAGAGGGUCUUCAACACAUUCACAGACACGACAUCGUUCACCGCGAUAUCAAAGGGGAAAAUGUUCUGCUUGACGAGAAAGGUUGCGUAAAAAUUGUUGAUUUCGGCGCAUGCAAGGUUUUGAAUAGCGGCCACAAUACUGUGGGUAGUGUUGGCACACCGUAUUGGAUGUCCCCGGAGGUCUGCCGUGGGGAAGCGGCUACGGAGAAAUCAGACGUAUGGGGUGUGGGGUGCCUCUGUCUUGAGAUGACAAAUGAGUCGGGCAUACCGUGGGAGUUCCAUUCGACUGCCAACAAUACGCAAGCUGUUCUCUAUUCCAUCGCGGCAGCAAAGAACCCUCCCAAAAUCCCUCAACAUCUUUCCCCAGCCGCUCGCGACUUCAUUGCUUGCACUCUGAGGGUCGACCCGAAGGAUCGCCCUACUGUGGAUAAGUUGUUGCAGCAUCCCUUCUUUUCGCAAAGCUAUUCCGCUGCGCAACCUGUUGAACGUGAAGCGGUGAUGUCGAGGGUGGAGAGCUUCGACUUCGUCAACACUAUUUCAACUCUUUCUCAACCGGGAGAUGCAGCAAGUACCGGCAGCAAACCACCUGUCGUGAACAUCGGACCCGUAAUGAUUAGCACAGGUUGUAAGACUGUGGCGCCGAGUAAAGACAAGGAGAAAUCUCAGUCGCCGACCUAUCAACUCAAGGCAGCAAGCAGCGACGACGAUGAUGAUUACUGCAGGGUGCGUAAUGUUAUUAGACCUCAGGGAAAUCUUGAACGGUAUCCCCCGCCAGGUACCCCCGGAGAUGAAGGUAUCAUCGGGAAGCGCAAGAAAUCUGUUAUUGCGACCCCCUCUCGCGUGGGUAAAGAUGAGGUUAAGGAGAUGCUAGAGGUGACCCCGGCACCACAAGCACGUGCGACUGGAGUGGGGCCCCCUGCUGAUGUUCGUGUGUCGCCCCUUCCCAAUCCAAGCAGCAGUAGCCCGGUGAGGGUGGUGAGGGCUCAGCCGCCUCCACGGCAGAGGCGAAGCACCGAAGCGUCUAAUCCUUCUUCAACACGUGUAAGUUCUUCCUUAACUUCUGGAAAACCUGCCGGUGACCCCCCUGUGACGAAUUCGCUUGCCGAAGGAACAGCUAAGCGGAAAAAGACCAAUGAGUCUGGCAAGUCGGCAUCCGAACCCGGGCACAACGACGGCCGCCCAAGUAAGGAUAAUCCUGGGCGCUCAAAUAGUUCUGCGUGGUGGCGGCCCAAACAGGGAUCUGACACCAACAAAUCGGUGAUCAAGUGGUUGAUCAAAUAA